ACCCCCUCCCGCCCGAUACCUGUGGAAACACAACCUGAGACAACUAGCCAGCUAGACAUUUUUUCCCACCAUUUCCGCAGUUUAACAUUCUGGCCACUCCCUCUCCCUCUCGACAUACCAGCUGCGGGCCAACCCUCUUGUUUUUCGCUCAUCGUUUUAGGAAACACCGCCAUGGGAAUUUAAGCGAAAGUGCGUUCGAACCCAGCUGGCUGCUCUUCAUAUCUCUCCCACCCGGAUACGCACCCGUACAACACGAACCCCCCCAUCUUUACAACACACCCACCCACCGGAGCCAACGAUUCACACCCCAUUACCAACAACGAACGCCUCUCUCUCUGACCCCCCACCCCCACUCAUCACUUGUCCGUGAAAAGUAACGGGAUAAAGUCGCUCUUCAUGGUGGGACCCAGCGAUCUCUCUUCCGGCGCCCAGAUUACGAUAGGUGUAUGUGUCGGGGUGCUGUCAACGAGCGUGCAGAGCUUAGGCUUAACGCUGCAGCGCAAAUCUCAUCUACAGGAAGAUGAUAGACCACCACAUGUCAAGCAGCGGCCACCGCAUCGCCGACGACUGUGGCAGGUAACUCACCGGCGCUCACCCACCGGUAAUGCUCGAGCUAAUUCUAGAACAAUUACAGAUUGGAAUGCUGCUAUUCAUAAUAUCCAAUAUCUUGGGCUCUAGCAUUCAAAUUACCACUCUGCCGCUGGUCAUCCUCUCGCCACUGCAAGCCUCGGGCUUGGUCUUCAACUCCAUCUGCGCGACCUUAAUCCUGUCAGAACCUUUCACUCGGUACUCACUGAUAGGAACCAUCCUCGUGUGCGUCGGCGCCGCGCUGAUCGCGGCGUUCGGGGCGAUGAAGGAGCCCGCGCACAGUCUUGAUGAGCUGCUGGAUUUAUUGGCGAAGAAGACCUUUUUGUCGUGGAUGGUGUGUACAGCUUUGUUGAUUAUGGGGAUUCUCGGGGCGACGAAAGCGAGUUCGAUCCUACGGCCCAGGUUGAAACAUACUGCCAAGAUGAGGAUGGUUCGGGGUGUUGCAUACGGCUGCGUUAGGUAUGAGUUUACUUAUUCCGAGAUGGGACGGAAGUGAGCGGUGCUGUUGAGAGGCUGACUUUUUUUUUCUUUUCUUCCCUUUAACAUGUAAAGUGGGAUACUCUCUGCUCAUUGUCUCCUUCUCGCCAAAUCCGCUGUCGAGCUACUCGUUCGCACAAUAGUCGACCGACACAAUCAAUUCAACCGUUGGCAAUCCUGGAUGAUCCUACUCGGCCUCGUAGGCCUUGCACUGACACAGCUAUACUAUCUCCACCGAGGACUAAAGCUCUGCUCAACCAGUGUUCUAUAUCCUCUUGUUUUCUGCGUAUAUAACAUAAUUGCCAUCUUAGACGGUCUUUUGUACUAUAGACAGGCAUCCAGACUUACGCUGCUACACGGCUGCUUGGUAUUCACCUCUUUCUUUCUUUCUUUCACUUCUCCCUCUUCUAGAGUUGCAUUAACAUAGGGUAUAAAAGAUCGCCCUCGGCACUGUCAUCCUCCUAACCGGCGUUCUUGCCCUCUCCUGGCGCCUAAAUCAGGAACCAGUGAACCCACCCACAACUGCCGCAGGUGUACUCUCCCCCGGCAUAGGCUUCAUAGAUACCGACUCUUCGGAGCCCUCGACAGACACCGAAGACGAGGGCUCGGAGAUUGACACAGACCGGCUGCUUGCCUCCCCGUCAUCCCCAUCCGCCCACGACAAGUUCCUAAAACGAAGGCGUGCGCUGUCGGAAGUGGAAGAGAUCUGGGGAGAGCUCCAAGACGAGGGCGGGCUCCCGAGGGACGAAGAAGAGGCCGGAAGUGACGUGGAUGAGGGCACGAGUCUAUUAAGGAAGGCCUCGGGCGGGAGGAGGUACACCCGAAGAGGAAGCCACAUGGGUCGUGGCAACUCGGGCAGGGGUUCCAGGAAAGAGAGAAUCCUGCAAGGUGCGAUAGGAGGCUGGUGGAAACUGAAAUGGUGGAAAGAGGGAAAGGAAGGGAAUGAUGGUCGUCGUCGUGGGCAGGAUGAUGGUGAUGAAGCGCGAGGAGGCAGAGGUUGAUGUGGUGCGGGAAGACAGGGGUAGUAGCAGUAAUGCUGACCCCCAGCUAUGAAACCAACGGUUUCCUUUUCUUCCCCUUCUCUGUUUUUCAGAUCCUCGCUCCACUGCUGCUUCUCUCUAUGAUAAAUUUUGUGAUUCUUUUCUUCAUCACCAUUACAUCCUGCCUGUUCCAUUCCGUCCUGUUCUUUUCUAGUCAGAGGUGUAUCUUAGUGUCGUGUUCCGUGUGGCGUUCAUCGUUUGUAUUUCCUUAUGCAUGGGUUCUAUCUCGCCUUCCCAGUCCGGUCAUUCAAUUAUCGUAAGACCUAUCCUUUCCCUUUCCCUUUCCCCUUCCCCCCCCUCCCUUUUCCUCGGAAUAUGUGCAGCGUGCGGAGGGUGUACUCGAGUAGUCAGUCAGUCAGUCCGCUAGCUGGGUGGGCAAGUGUGUAUGUAUCUUAACUUAUAUACUGUACUCUAUCAU